AUGCGAGUAUCUCGAAGAUACGGCCACCGAUACAGAUUAAUGGCCUUCGCUUAAUCAGUCUUAAGUUUCACAUGCAAAAACGUCUUUUAUAUUUCCAUUCCUCAUGCAAAUGAGGCUGGGGCGAAUAUCUCGUAUAUCUUCUAAUGAGGGAGUGGGGCAAGCAUCCGAAUGAAGGCUCAGGUAGUCUUCUGGUGCAUUCCGGUAAUUGCUUUUGCCACGUGCGUGCCGCGGCAGCUGUUGCACGUCGCCCGCAGACGGAGAUGCACCCAGGCAGGCAUGUAUCUGCCGCGGCGCCCUGCACACAUGAUUAUAGAUACAUGUACGAGAUAGAACCUAAGAGAUACACACACAGUCGCUUAUGCUUAUGCUUAUGCUUAUGUACAAAUGUAACUGCGUGUUUGUUUGUGGCAGCGGAAGCACAUGGGGGAGCGCCGAGCAGAGAGCAGAGAGGAGAGAGCAGAGAGGGCACAGAGGAUAUACCAGAUAGCAGAGCGGUGCAGGAUGCGGUGAGGCAACUCCCCUAAUCAAAUAAUGCCAUAUCCAGACCCAGGCACAAGCAAAGGCAGAGGCAGAGGCAGAGGCAGGAUCUAUCUUGAUGUUCCUGUUCCUGUCGCUCCUCGGCUUUGUCACAACAAAGGACAAGGCGAGAUCCUCACAACAGCUGACAGCUGUUUGCCUGUCGCUGUCUUGUAUCUGUGAGUGUCUUUGUAUCUGUGUAUCUGUAUAUGUGUAUCCUUGUGCGCUGUCAUUGCCCUGCAGUUGAAGUCCCUUUCUGUCGCUCCCGUCGCUCCGUCUGCUCAUCAUCAUCUCUUCGCUCUCUCUCUCUCUCUCUCUCGCUCUCUGCGGGUGUCUAUCUGUGAGAUACACUACUCUGUCAGUGGAUUGUGGCGCGUGUCGUCUGCUGGCAGGAGUUGAAGUUUUAAUGCCGCUUUAAAUUUUCCAACUGACAUCUCGCCACCAGGCCAGCGGGACAGCUGUCCAGCGCCUGUGCCCGACCGCUCGGCUAAUCCCUUUGACAGCCAGCUCCAGCUCCAGCUCCAGCCUCAGCCCCAGUCCCUGCCUGACCCCCCGCUGAGCAUCGCCCACCCAGUGAAACUUUGAUUUGAUUUUGGCCUGCGCCUGCCUCUGUCCACGGCUGGCCGAAACUCAAUUAAAUUUCCCAGCACAGGACAAAGAACAAUCUGCGGGAGCUCUGCUCCGCCAGGAUAUGGCUAUGCAUAUGCACUGCCGGCACAUGAGGAUAUGUGCAUGCAAUUUGCAUAGGGACUCACACAGGAUAAAAUACGGUGGAGAUAUGGGAUCUCCCUGGCGUGCCACUGAAACGUAACGGUCGCUGCCGAGGGGUGGGGCAUCCGCGAGCUCCGCAGGGAAGGUUUUCGCUGUACAAACACACACACGCACACACACGCACACACACGCACACACACAAAGAGCAGAACGCCGAAAUUCGAGGGGAGAAUGGCAGUCGUGGUAGUCGAAGUAGUUAUGUUAUGAGUUGGUAAAUAAGAAUUAUACGAGUAGUGCUGAUAAAGAGACCUCGCCCAGGGAAUGCCGGCUGCGGCUGCGGCUGCUCCUGCCUUUCGAUUCGUUUCAACCCUCGUCGGAUCGGAUCGGAGCGGAGCAGAAGCAGGAGCAGAUGUUUCUGUUUUCUGUUUCUGGCCUAAUGGAACGCGCCAAACGGAACGCACAACAGGCAUUGUACGGGUGUCUCGGCAGAGCUCCUCUAUAUGUGUAUUACGAGUAAAUGGAUAAAUGGCUGAAUGGGGGGGGAGGGUGCGCGGUCGGGCACGAUCCACUCGACUGCGCGCCUGCGCAGGAAGUCGAGGAGCCGACGUUUGCCCAGUUCUAGCUUCAGUCGAGUCGCAGUUGUCGUCGCGAGCGGAUCGGAAACAGCAAGAGACGGAUCCCGGCAGAGAAAAGUGAACCCUAGAAAGUGUACAGAGAAUAAGUGAAGUGAAACGCACCCCAAGACCCUACACCCUAGACCCUAGACCCUAGAGCUGAGAUCCAGUACAGUGCACAGAACACAGAUCAUGUCGCAGCACAACUACACGAACCCCGCGUUCUGCCAGAACAGCGAGUUCUAUCCGGUGCCCAGCAGCGGCAAGGGCAGCGGCAGCAGUCGGGUGGAGUCCAUCUACAACCGCAGUCUGCAGCUGAACUUCGGCGCCGUCCCUCGGCCAGCCCAUGUCGCGCCCUCGCCGAGUCGCGAUCCCCGCGAGGGUCCCCUGCGGAUGCAGCGUAGCAUGUCCACGCGAUCGGUGACGCGGAAACAGCAGCAGCAGCAGCAGACACAGAACUACCAGCAGCAGAAGCCGAAGCAGCUGCAACAGCAGCAGCAGCAGCAACAAUCUUCAAGUGGUCGCUAUGCCCUGGUGCCUCUGGAGGAGCUCAACGUGAGCAGAGCCAGCCGGUACGCCAUAGUGCCCGGACAGGCGGCCCAGCGACUGGCCAGAUCCCAGGACAACCUCGAUCGCUAUGGAUCGCGAUACGGACUGCAGUCGGACGAGGAGCCGCACUCCUUCCACGAGGAGCCGCACCAGGAGACGCAGUUUGCGAGCCUGCCGCCAAUGCUGAAUGGCCUGCCUCCGAAGCAGAACGCCAGCCAAGGACAACAGGGACUGCAGGGACAGCAGGGACAGACGAAGAUCAAGCACGCCUUCAGCAGCGACUUCGGCAGCAAGACGUUCCUCAUCGUGGACAAGAACAGCAACCAGCGGUACCAGAUGGUGCCCACGGCCGAGGACGAGGAGCUGGUGGACGAGAACCAGGAGAUCAUCCAGAUGCACAACGGUCGAGCCCAUCGGUACGCGAUGAUACCGACGGACGCCGACGAGGAGGAGCUGGCCGAGGAGGAGUCCUCGAUAAUGCUGCAGCAGCAGGAGACGUGCCUCACCACCACGGAGCUGAGUCAGCAGUUUGCCGCAAGGACCUCGACGCCACAGCAGAGGAAUGCAGCGGCCGCCACACGGGCGCUCCACGAGCUCCUCACCACGCCUCGGAAGAUGCAGCCGCCGCCGCGGCUGGCCCACUCCACGCCCCGCAACGCCGCCCACCACGAGCAGCUGCAGCUGGAGCGCCGCCUGCAGCUCUACCAGAGCCAGCAGAUCCUCAGCCAGGUCGCUCCUGCCCCUCCUCCUCCCACACUGCCGCUCCGCCUGAACCGACUCUCGCCGCAGAGACUCCACUACGAGACGGUGAAGGCAGCUCCUGCCCCGCUUGCGGACCGCUCCAUGGCCGUGAUCAGUCCGCGCGUGCAGGAGCAGGAGCGCGACCUGGAGCAGGACAUGAGCAGCAUCCAGGGCAAGCCGCAGAACAACAACUCCUACCCGCAGAAGCUGGCCAAUGCCACCAUCACCCUGGCCAUAGUCUCCCUGAUGCUCGUCCUGGGCAGCACCAUGAAUGCCGGCCUCAUCAUCUACAUGAUAGCCCACUUUGGCAAGUCCUUCUAUCUGCAAUUCGGUUUGGUGGCCUCCUUCUGCGGCGUAGGCCUGGGAUUCCUCGGAUUCCGGUCGCGCCACUGCGAGUGGCUGCCGAACCGGAGCUACACCUCCGGCUACAUCCUGGUCACCGUGUUCUGCCUGUUUAAGAGCUGCGGCCUGCUCGUCAUCCUCGUGCUGGACCCGUUCCCCGGCCUGCCGCUCCACGACGUCACCACGGGCGUCAUCCUGGGCCUCUCCACCUUCACCAUGUUCUUCAUCGGCCUGGGCGUCAUGGGCAGCCUCUGGUGCUACCGUCCCCCGCCGGACAACCGCGUCAACGUGGUCUAAGGAUCGUCUGACUUCUGCGAGUGGAGUGUACUUUAAGUUCCCGAAAUAGAUGUAGUCCCCUUCCUUCAAGCACUCGGCACACGGAACGGCUAAAAGACCAAAACUAGUAUUAUUCAUAGAGUUUUAGAGGCGGACUCAGCCUCGCCCCAAGAGACUGUAAAUACCAUGUGGGUUGUAGUUACCUUACGAGUAGAUUGUAGUAGUUUGUUUCUAAUCUAGACUGUUUAAACCCCUCCUAACUUAUUGUUCAUCCUUAGGCUAAGUGAAAGUAUCGAUAAGCACACAAUAAAGGCACUUUCAACAGCA